AUGGGGUCGCAGAUUGAUUCGCAAGACGAGUUCACGGUGCUCGUCACCGGCUUCGGCCCUUUCAAAGCACAGUACCCUGUAAACCCCUCCUGGGAAAUCGCCCAUUCGCUCCCAGCAUACCUACCGCCCCUCCGUGCCAAGAACCCAAAAGACCACCACUCUUCAACCUCGACCUCCUCCUCUCGUCCCCUCCCGCCGGUUCGGAUCCUCGUUCACCCGGAAGCCAUCCGCGUAAACUACCAAAACGUCCGCCGCCUGGUGCCUCAGCUAUGGGAUCCGGCAACCCACCCGCGCAUCGACGCGACCGUCCACAUCGGCAUGGCUGGACCGCGACUAUUCUACUCGAUUGAGCGCCGUGGUCACCGGGACGGGUACGCUUUCCCCGACGUGGACGGGAACAAGCUCGAGGACGAUGAUAGGCGGAGGGAGGAGGGCGAGAACUGGGUGUGGUACGGCAUGCCGUCGGAGAUUGAGACGGGGUUGGAUUUGGCUGAUGUGCUGGAGAGGUGGAAGGAUCACAGUCCGGAGGGGUCCGACCUUCGUAUAUCCGAAGACGCUGGACACUACCUCUGCGACUUCAUCUACUUCUCCAGCCUGGCGCAUCUGUGGAAAGCGCAGAAGCACCGCAGGGUAACGUUCCUCCACGUACCAUCCGACGCAUCCGAGGCGUCCGUCUCCAGAGGUACCGAACUGGCGAUACAGCUGAUUCGGUCCAUUGCCGAGAGUGAGCUGGGCCGGAGACGUAAAGGGGGAGAGGAGGAAGUCGUGAGUAAGGAUGACAAGAUUGCGGUUGAGCUGCGAGUAUGA